AUGGAAGACCAAGGACAACGCAUUGAAGAGAAGAACGUGCUUUGGCAGCGGCAACUAGAAAGGCUGUGCCCAUACCAGCUCUUCGGCGAGGGCACGUAUUUUGGUGAUACGGAGGUGCUGUCCAAGUUCAGCACCCACCAGCGGCACGCGACGGUUCGCUGCGAGGCGGAGCACGGUGGGUCCUUGCUCCAGCUCCACAAGGACAAGCUUCACCAGCUCAUGUCAGAUUUCCCUCACUGUCAGCGAGCCUGGCAUCUCGAGGCUACCAGGCAUGAAGUUCGCCGCCAAGCGAAAAUACAGCUUCUCACGAAGUCUUUGGACCUGUACGAGUUGGCUACCCUGGAGAUCCAGCGGGCCGUGGUGGCCGUGUGGCAGAGAAAGAGGAAGGGCUACCAAAAGCUCCGCAAGAAGAAAGAGCAGGAGAAUGAAGUGGUAUCUGCCACCUGCGACGUGGACUGCGACGUGGAAGAGCUGGGAGGAGGAGCCCAGCAAAUUGCCGAGCUUGGGGCAGAGGUCCAAGAUGUGAAGAGCCAGAUGAUCACGAUGAGUCACCAGGUUCGAGAUCUGCAGGUCUCCAUGUCUCAGGUCCAGGAAUCCUUGGCCACCAUUGCCGCCUUUAUCCGAGAAAAUCCGCCGCAGAAGGCUGCAAGGCCACCACCUUCGGCCCCUGGCUGGGAAGUCUCGCGCGUGUGA